GGGGCUGCCUUUGCAGCAUUUGCACAGUGUGGUGUCCUCUCACAACUAGCAACAAUAUUUCCAUAGAUUAAUUAUUCAAGGAUUGCCUGUCAAGGGGGAGCCACUGAAUAGAAAGGACCUCAGAAGAGCCCCCAAAAAUUACAACUGGAUAUCAGGUGAAACAAUAUACCCCACUGCUUCAUCUCUUUUUGCUCCUCCUCCGUCCUCCCUCCCUCCUUUCCACUCUUUUGAUGUAAAUUGUAACUGAAGACUUGAAAGAAAACACCAACUACUCCCUGCUUGUUUUUUGUCCUCUGUAAAGCUGUCCAGUUUUUUUUCUCUCCAAUGCUCGUCGCCAGCAAGCAGUUGAGUAUCGGUCGCUCCCACAGUUGGGACACCCUGGGGGGGAAUGAGGGUCAGUGGGCCGGGGGAGAAAGCGUGUAUGACCAACAAGGCAGGAUAGCGGGUCGACGAAACUCGCUGUCUUACGGGGCAGAGGGAGGAGGUUACUAUGAGACUCCCCCUGGGAUGCGUCCUCCAGACCUGGAUCUGAAACGAGACCCCUACUCCUACCAAGACUCUCUGUACAGUCAGCAAGGCUACGCUACCGAUCCCCGGGGAAUGAGAAAGGGCUCAGUCCCUGAGCUAAACAACUACGACCGUCCACCCAUGGCUAAUAGUCACCGAGGAUUCAUCGCCUCCCAGGACUAUUAUCCCCAUGACCCUGCUAUGGCUCCCCGACCACCAGAGGACCCCCGGGGCUUCUACCGGGUGGAGCAGCAGACUCAGGAGCAGCCUCAUCCGCUCAGCAGAUCCCCGUCCCACUACGGGAUGAACCCAGUGGGACGCCCACCAUGGGACCAGGGACAGGGAGGGAGGCCCUUACCUCCGGGUCCUUCGUCUUCUUCUCCUCUUCCUCCUCGCCCUCUUCCACCAACUGCCCAUUGCAUUAACCAGGUUUACAAUCAGCCUGCAGCUGUAGCCGCAACCAAUAUGAUGCCAGAUGGCCAAAGCUCUCCUGCUCACUAUGGAAUGGAACAACCCUCUUCACCUCGUUACACAUCUGAGCCAACCCCUCUAGCCGGCCAGACAGUCUAUACCGACAUCAAUGGCCAUCCCGUGGACCCUCGGCAGCAGCCUGCAGCCACCUGCCUGGUGGUGGACCCUAACACUCAGGGGCUGGAUGGGAGCAUGCAGCAGCGAGGUAUGAUGAUAAGGCAGGAGUGCACAUUGCCCUACAGCGUUCAACAACAACAAGCUCCGCAGCCCAACAUGCAGGUCUACAACCCCAACCCUCCUCUCGCCACCCCUGUUCCUGCACCUGUUCCUGCCCCUCUUCCUAUCCCACCUGCCCCUGUAGCCCUCCCCCCUCCACCUCCCACAGCCCAGCAGACGCCUGCAGCCCCAGUGGAUCACAAGAGGAACGCCGACCCAGAGUUCCUGGCUCUUCUUCGAAACGAGGGUCUCUCAGAGAGUACCAUCUCCUCACUCAUCCAGCAGGGCUUUGACACAACCGGCAUGCUGGCAGUCAUGGAGGAGAAUGACGUACGUUCAGUGGCUCCCAACCUAGGGCAGGCGCGGGUGCUGUCACGGGUGGCCAUCAGCGUUAAGAGGCCCUUAGAGCCCCCUCCCACGCCCCAGCAACAGGCCCACAUGCGGGGCCGCUCCAACAGCUUCAGCCACCGCUCUGACAUGUACCUCCAGCAGCAGCAGCACCAGCAGGCCAUGGGCAUGGACCCCCGGCUGAUGGCACCACAGACCCCUGGUACCAUGCAGACCAUCUCCCCCACCAUGGCUGAGGCCCUGGCCAGGAGGCCCAACAGUGCUCCCUCUCAGCAACUUCUGGAAAAUACACAGGGCUACCCAGGACCUCGUACCCCAGGGACCUACAAUGGUGCCAUGGUCCCUGUCCAGUCCCGGCCCAUGUCUGCAUUCUCCCAACACCCGGGUGUCCCCAUGACGCCGGGCAUGCAGAUGAUGGCUGCCAUGCCACAGCAGAUGCAAGCCAUGCAACAACAGCAAAUGCCAGUGUGCAUGCCUGCCCAGCUGUCACCUCAGCAGGCCCCAAGGGCAUACUCCACCAACUACACAGUGCCCAUGGAGCUGAUGAAACGGGACCGCAGCCUGCAACCCGUGCACAGCGCCCACCCCAGCCCUCAGAUGAUACGCAAGGCUGGGGGCACCCCGUCCGAUGGAGCCAUGAUGCCAGUGGGUACCAGCAUGCAGAACCAGAGUGCUAUGGCCACCAACCAGAAGCUUAGCCGCCGUACUGGCCCACCUGUCAUCGUCUCCACCAUGGCAUCACCAGAUACAAGUAUCCGUCCCCAGAUCAUGAAUGGGCCCAUGCACCCUCGCCCCCUAGUGGCCCUGUUGGAUGGACGUGACUGUACAGUCGAGAUGCCCAUCCUCAAAGACCUGGCCACUGUCGCCUUCUGUGAUGCCCAGUCCACACAGGAGAUCCAUGAGAAGGUGCUGAACGAGGCAGUAGGGGCCAUGAUGUACCACACCAUCACCUUGACCAGAGAAGACCUGGAGAAAUUCAAGGCUCUACGCAUCAUCAUCCGCAUCGGCAGCGGCUACGACAACAUCGACAUCAAGGCGGCCGGAGAGAUGGGCAUCGCGGUGUGUAACAUCCCAUCGGCGGCGGUGGAGGAGACAGCAGACUCCACUCUGUGCCACAUUCUCAACCUGUACCGGCGGAACACCUGGCUGUACCAGGCGCUCCGGGAGGGCACACGGGUCCAGAGUGUGGAGCAGAUCAGAGAGGUGGCAUCCGGAGCCGCCAGGAUCCGAGGAGAAACGCUGGGCCUCAUUGGCUUUGGUCGUUCAGGGCAGGCGGUGGCAGUGCGGGCCAAGGUGUUUGGCUUCAACGUGAUCUUCUACGACCCGUACCUGCAGGACGGUCUGGAGCGUUCGCUAGGUGUUCAGCGUGUCUACACCCUGCAGGACUUGCUCUACCAGAGUGACUGUGUCUCCCUGCACUGCAACCUGAAUGAACACAACCACCACCUCAUCAACGACUUCACCAUCAAACAGAUGCGCCAGGGUGCAUUUCUGGUUAACUCUGCACGGGGAGGUCUGGUGGAUGAGAAGGCCUUGGCUCAGGCCCUGAAAGAGGGCAGGAUACGGGGAGCCGCCCUGGACGUCCAUGAGUCAGAACCCUUCAGUUUUACCCAGGGUCCUCUGAAGGAUGCUCCUAACCUGAUCUGUACUCCUCACACGGCCUGGUACAGUGAACAGGCCUCGCUGGAGAUGAGAGAGGCAGCCGCCACAGAGAUACGCAGAGCCGUCACUGGUCGUAUUCCUGACAGUUUACGAAACUGUGUCAACAAGGAGUUCUUUGUUACCACGGCUCCUUGGACAGUGGAACAGCAGCAAAUGCACCCCGAACUCAACGGUGCCGCGUACAGGUACCCCCCUGGUGUGGCCUCUGGUGGGAUCCAUGGGCCAAUGGAGGGGAUGGUGCCUGGGGGGGUGACAAUCACCCACACCCUGCCCUCCGGUACCCACCCCUCCCAGGCCCCGUCCCCCAACCAACCCUACAAAAACGGGGAGCCCAUGAGAGAGCACAUGACCGAGCCAUAACUCUGCAUCCAGAGACAAAGGAGUUCAUAUAUACACAACUGACCCACCCACUCUUCGACCAGCAGACUGAUCGUUAGUUAGGGUUCACACAGAACACCGGAACAAAGUGGGGACAGUGAAUAUAUUCACAACUGCUUCUCCAAAGUGGGGACCGUCAAAACUCAUGUUCCAAGGAUCCUCUUCUUUUUAAUUUUUUUUAUUCCUGUUUUCUGGGACACGUUGUUACCGCAUGCCAGAGUUAAGGCCCGUCCACCUUGACUGACCCACCAAUAAGAGAGCUUGGAAGGACAAUGACAUCAUCUGUUACUUGCCUUCCUCUAACUCCACCCUGCCCCAUUCCAUCAUUUGAGUUCACGUGUGUCUAUUUGUCUUUCCUCUGUUCUGAGACCACCCUACAAAUGAAUAUGUCUUUCUCUUCUUCAAUGUGAAAAAAUAAAUUAAGAAAUGACAUAGUUGUCAGACAAGUAGAAAAAGACAAUUGGUGUUACCAAUGCCAUCAGCAGUCUCAAUGGGGACCUCUAAACCCUGUCCUAGUCCAUCUCUCACCCUGUAGGUUGCUGGUUCCUGAAUGUACAGACAGGAUUUGAUGGACACAUCAGGGUUGCCAGAUCUCUUGAGCCUCAUGACCAGUACGAGAACAAAAAUAAUAAGCCCAAAUUUAAGUGAAUAUGGGACCUGAAACCGUUUGAAUUUGUCCAUUGUGAACAUGUCUCAACCCCUGGGAACACCCAAUAUAUUAUAGAGAAGAUUUUGAUCUGGUAAACUCCUUUUAGACAUCUAGUUUCUCUGAAGAGCUUCUUCAAAGCUCCAGGUUCUGACGCACAAGGGGAUUGAGAGACUUGCUGUAAAGGUCAUUAUCGCAAUCUUAAGACAAUGUAAACUUUUAACUGUUGAUUCAUUGACUUUCAUUCCAACUCCGGAUUCAGUAAUCAUGUGGUGGUCUAUCACUAAAAUAUUGAAAUAAAUGCAUGCAAAAGCCAUUCUAACUGUUAAAAGCACCUCUGCUUUUACAUGGACCUCCACAUCAUGGAUUUGGACAUUGUCACAGGUGUUUGUAUGCUAGAGGGCUCUCUUAAAAUGUCCUUUUUUUUUUCUCUCACCAAAAGGACCUACACAGUAGCACCAGCCAGACAGGAAAGGGUUUGGAAAUUGAGGUUACUGACUCAGGAAAAAUAACUUUUGCAGAUAUAAUCUUUUUCCCCAAAUUGUCUGAAAGAAAAAAGUCUGGAUCGUUCUGAGUGUUUCCACCUUUUCUUCAUUGUGGUAUUUUUAUAAAUCAAACCUCUGUUUUUUGGUGUUCAAGGUUUUUGCAGAGUCCUGUUAGAUUUGUAUUGCCUAGUUAAAUGUUCUUAUAAUCAUAGUCUUAUGUGAACCACCCCCCCCCCCUUGUUCUUAUAAUGAAAGCCAGUUGGAGCUCUUGGAGGCACCGUGCACUCUGUGAGCAACAUCCCUAGUGCCCUGACUUUAGCAAGACAAGGCUACUAACAGAUUGUUUGGUUUUUAGUGUGAGUAUUUGUACAAGGUGAUCUAUAAAAUUCAGUGCAGUUCAAAUAAAAACAAUGCUGUUCUA